AUGGGGCAGAUGAGUAGCAAUACCCCUGAGAGCUCCCCCAAGAUCAUGUCACUAUGCAAAGCCAGCCCUGCACAGCAGCGAGCGCUGCCAGGCUCCAUCACCCCGGAGCGCGGUUCCUUGCAGCGGGGGAGCGGAGCAGCCCGGCCGGGAGGGACAGGCGGGCUCGGCUGCGGCUCGGCUCAACGAAGCGCGGUUUCCGCCGCACCCCGCCUGCACCCUUCCUGUACCCCCGCAGGAAGCAGCCCCGGCAGCCCCGUCCGUGGGGCCCGAGCGUGGCAGAAGGGACGGGACGGGACGGGACGGGAUAGCUGCCGGGCCACCGGGAGCCCGCGGCGCUCUCGCACAGCCCGCGCUGAGCGCUGCCAAGGGCAGCGGGUGCCAAACCUGAAUUACCAGCCCGGAGAGUGGCUGUGCAUCCCGGCAGCUCCUGUGAUUUGCGGCAGGUUUUUCAGGUCCCCGCCUGUCACACGCACACGCAGAUAUUUAAGCAGUCACCCGAGGACCUGCGGGGUUCUUGUUUUACACACUUCGGGUUCCUUGCCAGCUGCAGUGCCUGGCCCCAUAGCCCUGCCCCAGGAGGAGAUAGCCAUGGAAAAGCCAGUGAUUCCCACUGAGGAGCAGCUGGAGAUCCUGGAGCACCACUUCUGCAAGGUGAACAAGCAUCCUGACCCCACCACGCUGUGCCUCAUCGCAGCUGAGACCGGGCUGUCCGAGGAGCAGACCCUGAAAUGGUUCAAGCAGCGCCUGGCAGAGUGGAGGAAGUCUGAAGGGCUGCCCUCAGAAAGYGGGUCUGUCAGGGACUAGAGGAUGCUGCUCCAAUUCCCUCACCUCUUAUAAAGGAUGGUGAAGUUCUUCAGAAUGGGUUUCCUUGGGGUUCUUCUGUUGCAAUAGGUUGUGCGAUACAAAGUAAUACUCUGCUAUUUAAUGUUUUAUUUAACAUGUACAUAAUCAGAAAAAAAACCCCAUUUUAUAUAUAUAUAAACAAGUGUGUGUAUACGUUUGAUGGCUGAUAACCUGUCUAGUGAUUCCAAUCUAUUAACAGCAGCUGCACAAGGAAAGGCCAUUUAAUACCCUUGUCCCAGGCUUGC